UCUGUUUUCGAUUUCUUUGGGAAGAGACACCAAUUAUUGCAAGAUGCGCGUCGAGCUGUUGGCCGUAUUCGUCUUCCUUGCAGUGGUCUGUGUAACGUUGGGCUGGUCCGAUGGCGUGCAGGACAGGGAUGUCGAAAUCACAGGCCUGAGAAAGCGUUUGAGAAGAGCAGCCAACAAUGGUGCCCAGUCGUCGAAUUCAACAUCAUCAAAGAGUUCUUCCUCUAGCGCCAGUUCUAGUAACGAAUCUGGUAAGAAUAAGCAUAAGAAACAGAAGAAACAGAGGGGUAAGUCAAGUUCCAGCCCCGGACACGCUAAAGCAAAGGGGAAGAAGAAUUAGAUUAUAUAUUGUACACUGGAGGAAAGCUAUUUUUCGGUAGUGCAUCCUGCAGCGGAAAAGGUAGAAACGACCAAAAGGAUACAUCGGCAUUUUGUAUACGGAUGACAUUUGAAGUGGUUGCGAGGUCAUCUGAUUGACUCUCCUACACGUAUGGUACCUGUAGUAUAUCGAAAGAAAUUGAAGUGUUUUGUAACAUUCGAUCUCGAUUUAUAUACCCUGCGACUGCAUCGACGAAAUUUAUUCCAAUUUACCUUAUCAUCCAUGUACACUCUGGAUAGACACAUCAACGAAUUAAAAAUUACAUGAAAAACAUAAUUUACCGAUACAGUACACAUGUAACGAUCUAAACAUGCUACAUGUACAUUUAAAUUGUUGCUUCGAAACAUUGAUUUGGCGAUUGCAAAUUACAUAUUAUGCGAUGCAAUUUCAAUAUCAUUCCUGUCAUAGCUACUUUGACUGUUACUUGUCAUUGUCAUCCCGAAUAAAGCAUUUCUGCAA